AUGGAUGAUUGGGACGACUUUGUAGCCUCGCUGGACGAUUUUGAGGAGGAAGAUGACGUGGGGUAUGAACAACUGGAGCAAGAAGGUCCACCGGUGCCACCCUUGGAAUUCCCCACUCCUGUGGUCUUUCAAGCUCAAGUAGCCAGUGUCAAGGCGCUGGAUCAUCGCAAUGGCAAUGUUCGCUGGUUGGACAAUGUCCUCAUGCGCAGUAGUUUUAGUUCUGGCAACUACAACAACAGGACACUACCCAAGGCCUUUUUGGUUCGAAAAAAGAUAUCCAAGACAACCUAUGGCUCAGUCCGUGUGGCAGUGGUGCUCCGCAAGCGAGACGACGAUGAAGACGAUGACAACAACAGCAUGGAUAAUGAUAAUGACACCAAGUGGAUCAGUACCGAAGAGCUGGUCGCUAUCAAGAUUAGUGCCUGGAAUAAGAUACGGCAAUUGAGAGGACAACAGCAUCAUGUGGGGGAUCCCCUUCGUGAAGUAGCAGCACUCCAGUACGUGGGAAACUACAAUCCUCACGUGGUGGGAUGCAUAGAAACACUGCAAGAUGACAAGAAUCUGUACACCAUCAUGCCCUAUCAUCAUGGUAGCAACUUGCAUGGGAGGUUGUUUGCUGACCCAGAGAGCACCACCAAUAGUAGCAGUAAUAGAAGCAGUAAGCAGCGACAACAACGAAAACCCAACGAAGACGAAGCUAGAAAGAUUUUUCGACAGCUACUCAAGGGCUUACAGCAUUUGCAGCGCAAAGGCGUCUUUCAUCGAGACAUCUCAUUGGACAAUCUACUCAUUUCCAAGUCCAACCAACUACGUAUUGUUGAUCUAAGCAUGAGUUUGCGUGUGCCCUACUCGGAUCCAUGCAAUGAAUGGAAUGUCACGGAUGUCUCGGAAGGCACCAUUCGUCGGUUGCUCAAGCCUCAGGGAAAGGCGGGAGGACGACUCAUGUACCUAGCGCCCGAGGUACUGACCGAGACGGAACCAGUGGAUGGAUUCGCCGUCGACCUGUGGGCUGCUGGUGUGAUCCUCUUUGUUUUGUGCGUGGGGCUAGCACCCUUCAAGUUUGCCGAACCACGGGAAAAGCGAUAUGCCAAGAUCUCAUCCGGUGGCUUGAAGAGCCUGAUGAAGAGCUUGAGGAUAUCGCUGAGCCCCGAAGCCUGUGACUUGUUGCAAAACAUGCUGUGGGAAGAUCCACGGCAACGAUAUACCCUGACCGAAGUGAUGAAGCAUCCUUGGGUCAUGGCAACAGACAGCAGCAACAAGGAGGACGACAAGAUUCCAGUAGAUCAGCAGCAGCAAGCCGCCGUGGACAACACGCUGUCCAGUGACGCAGCAUCCGUCACAUCUCAGUCUUCGACCGAACCGUCACAGGCAGACGCCAAACCGGAAGACAAAGCGGGCUCUGUUGCCGCUCCUGCAGCAACGGCAGAUGCUCCUACCGCAGAAGCUCGACAAGCCGUUUCCGAACAACGGGAGGCUGUGUCUGCGGUCAAUCUUCGUUUGAAAAGGGCAGUCAACAAUGCGCAACGCAUUGGCCCCAAAAUGAAAGAGGCCAUUUCGAAGAACUUGAGCGGUGGGGCAAUGCUAUCGGCCAUGGCAGUUCUUUCGUCGGCAGAGACUAUACCGGUACCACCUGAUGACGAUCCGGCUCCUGUUCCUCCUCCCAACAACAGUAAUGUUUCUCCUACGAGGAAUCUUUUGCAACGACUCGGCAAAAGGUCAACACAAUCGACAAACACAACCGUAUCAUAG